UAAUUGGCCAAAAGCAUCAGUCGCUGACAAAGCAACCAACAAACCAACCAACCAAACAAUCAACAUGCAAUUCCUCAUCUGCUUGGCUCUCUGCGUGGCUGUGGCUCAGGCCGGCUACCUGGCUUCACCCGUCGCCACUUACGCUGCUGCUCCAGUUGCCACCUAUGCUGCAGCUGCUCCCUUGACUACCUACACCCGAGCUGUUGCUCCUGUGACCACCUACUCCGCCGCUGUGCCCGCUGCCUACUCCGCUUACUCUGCCUCCGUCUAUGGCGCUCCCGUCUACACUGCGCCAGUGGCCACCUAUGCUGCUCCAGCCGUCGUUAGCACCUUGCUGAAGAAGAAGUAAAUGCUAGACUUUCCGUUUCCCCCGUAAACUGAUCCGACUUU